AUGGCUACCAACUAUGGCAGAGCCCCAGGCCACCUCAAGCGGGAUGAAUCAGUCUACGCUGACGAGGAUGAUCCCACAGGUCUGGUCCGGCGGAACCUUGAGUGCGGAGAUGCUGCUCGAUAUAGAGGGCAGGCAACGCGACCCAUGAACGCAGAUGGUACAUUGGCGCCACGAAAGCUCAACAGCAAGUUUCCAUCCCUCCUCGCAGGCCAGGGAAGGCCCAUAGAUCAGCUGGUCGAAGCGUUACAGGAGCCUGAUCUGGCCGCUGUCAGGGACAGGAAGCGCAAACGCGAUGAGGAGAAGGGCGCCAAUGUCGGCAUGGGCAUCACCCUGGAGAAGCUGUUCGGUGUCAGCGGACGUGGCAUCGCGGGUCUUGUCAACGUGCCGGCCGUCAAUGGAGGCCAGCCCUACCAGUCCGUCUGCAAAGUAGACAGGAGGAACAUCAAUGACGUUGAAAAGGAAGAAGGUCUUCUGCAAGACUUCGAGGGCUGCAAGCACAUUGUGCAGUAUGACCGUAACACGCGGUACUUCAAGAAUCUCCGUCGCUCCAAAAAGGGAAACAGCCGCAAACCACCUUCACAGUACAAGGACAGACUCAAUAUCGGAGCGGAUUGGAAGCGAAACUUUGUCAUGAUGGAAUAUGCAGAGCUGGGGAAUCUGCUCACUUGGCUUCAGAGGACCAGUGCUCAUGCUGCCGAUCCCAAUUCCAAACUCGGCCCAUGGCCAAACAAGGCGCUGUGGCACCUUCUCGAGUGUCUGACGCGGGGUCUGAUUGGCAUGGCGUACGCUCCUCACGGCGAAGCUAGUGAUCAGCCUGGCAAGGUGACUGAUGAGACUGUGCCUCCAUCUCCAGCACCCGAGAUUGGUGAUUUCGGCCUCAUGCAGGACUUCAGUCUCCUCGAGGAGAACCCUAACGCCUUUUCCGAGAGAAAGUUCUGGCAGUUAAGGAGUACUGGAAAAUCUGGUCACUUUGUACCGGAGCAAUUCUGUCAAGAGUGGGACGAGUUCAAUAACUUCAUGGGUUUCAACAACAACGGGAACAAGAAUCGGUUCAUCGGCCAGGGAGAUCUCAAGCCUCCUGUCGCCGGCAACUACGGCAUGGCUAGCAACGUCUUCCAGGUUGGCAUCAUCCUCUGGAUGGCCAUCACCCUACACGUUGCUCCAGGUACGAGAGCCUUCAGAACGCCACUGGAAGCCGGCGUGGGCGUCAUGGUCGACAGCACUUUCAUGCGCUCAAACGGGCAGAGUCUCCGCACGUACGGUGGGGCCCUCGAGGACGAGAGGUUCAACCACGUAGAGGGAGUCCUUCGAGAGCUCGUUAUCCGGUGCAUGGCCCACAACCCGGCUGACCGCCCUGACCUCUCUGAGCUCAUCGAAGUCAUUGAUGACCGUCUCCGAUCACCAUUCAAUGUUGACGGCGACGAGCUAGAUCAGUGGUAUCAGGACCUGUUUGGGCGCCCACCCCCGCAGGCUGAUGGCAAGGAUGAGGAGGGUAAUCCUAUCGCCUCUGAUCUUCCACGAACAGGGUUCAGCAGCCAGAUUUCCAAUGAGAGAGCCUCACGCGCCAAAGCGGAGACGGGUGGCUCGAGCUCGUUAACGCAGAAGGAGCUUCAGACAUUGCGGGACGCGCUGAGCGUCGCCAAGGCUGUGAAGCGAAGGGCACCUGCGGGUUCGGUCUUUGGUGAGUUGAUCAAGGUGUUGCAGAAGGUUCCGGGCGUCAAGAAAGAGAAAGAAGCUGCCAAGAAAACGGCAGAUGACAUGGCUGGCGGCGAGGACAAGGGAGGGGAGGGCGACGGCGGUAACGAGACUGAAGAGCCCCAGGGGCGCAGCCAGCUUGAACAGCGCCGCGCUGGCAAACGUAAACGGCCACCUAGCAUCUCACGGCGCGAGACCAGACAGCAAGCGAAACGCAGAAUGGCGGCAGCCAGUUCCGGCAGGGCUGCGAUUGCAUAA